AUGAGAAACAUGAGGAAACUGUUGAAUAUCAUAGUGAUUCUUUGUGUAUGUCUCGAUUGGGUUCGUACUGAGGGAUCUGAACAAAGAGAGAGUGGAAAGGUUUAUUCUCACACUAUCCAAGUCAGCUCUCUUUUCCCUUCAUCAUCAUCUUGCGUUCUUCCUUCAAAAGGUGACUAUCUUUGUCAAUGUAUCAUCUCAUGUUUCAUUCAUCUAAAACGAAGUCGUCGCUCCACGUGGCGCACCGGCAGGGCCCGUGCUCGCGUCUUAGCAGGGGUAAAACUGCGAGCAUCGACCAUGACGAUUGACGAGAUCCUCAGACACGACCAGGCGCGCGUAAACUCUAUCCACUCAAAACUGUCAAAGAAAGCCACAGAUGGAGAUGGAGUCACGCAAAGCCAAUCGACUGAUUUACCGGCAAAAAACGGGAGGACGCUCGGAUCAGGAAACUACGUAGUGACUGUCGGAAUCGGGACACCGAAGCACGAUUUGUCACUGGUGUUCGACACGGGAAGUGAUCUGACGUGGACUCAAUGCGAGCCAUGUCGUGGAAGUUGCUAUCCCCAAAAGGAACCCAUCUUUAACCCUUCUUCGUCUUCUUCCUACUCCAACAUCUCCUGCUCAUCGCCGGUGUGUGCUUCCCGCACUUCCGAAGGUCUCUUAAGCAGAUGUUCGGCUUCUCCCAAUUGCCUCUACGGUAUCCGUUACGGCGAUGGGUCAACUACCACCGGAUUCUUCUCCACGGAGAAAUUCACCCUAACUCCCUCCGAUGUCUUCGACGGCGUUAACUUUGGCUGCGGUGAGGACAACGAGGGACUUUUCCACGGUGUUGCCGGACUUCUCGGCCUUGGCCGCGGCAAACUCUCAUUUCCGUCGCAGACGAAGAACACCUACAAUAAUAUCUUCUCCUACUGCCUCCCUUCUUCCCCUAACUACAUUGGACAUCUCACCUUUGGAUCCGCCGGAACCUCUAAUGCCGUCAAAUACACGCCGAUUUCCUCCUUUCCUCGCGCAUCCUUAUACGGCCUCGGUAUCGAAGGUAUCACCGUCGACGAUCAGAAAUUGGAGAUUCCUUCAACCGUAUUCUCUACUCCGGGAGCUAUAAUCGAUUCCGGCACUGUCAUCUCUCGCCUCCCUCCCAAGGCCUACGAGGCACUGCGAACCGCGUUUAAGGCAAAAAUGUCGAAUUAUACGGCUGCGCCGGGCCGAUUGAUAUUUGACACAUGUUACGAUUUCACCGGAUUGAAGACGGCGGAUAUCCGUAUCCCAAGGAUCGCAUUCUCCUUCAGCGGCGGCACGGACGUAGAACUUAGCCCGAAAGGGAUUAUGUAUACGAUCACGAUGUCGCAGGUUUGUUUGGCGUUUGCAGGGAAUGUCAACGACGAUUCCGUCGCGGUCUUCGGGAACACUCAGCAAAAGACGCUGCAAGUCGUGCACGACGGUGCGGGCGGACGGGUCGGGUUUGCUCCGAAUGGUUGCAAUUAAUGAGAAAAUAUAAAUUAUGGGUAGUUUUGUCCUUAAUCACUUGGUGAGCGAAAAUAAUAAGUAUAUUUAAGGAGCUUUAUCAAUUAUCCUUAAUCGAGUGUAUGGUGAGCAAAAUUAGUAUGUGUUGAUUCUACCAGUUACUUGUUUUACUGUAAAACUGUUUACUUGACGACUCAUUAUCGUAUACUCCAAAUAUACCUACAUAAGACUAUGCUUUUGGUAAGCAUUGAACCUUGGACCAUCUUCAUAUACUCCAAAUAUACUUACAUAAUACUAUGUUUCUUGAAAACAAUGUUUUUCUAUGACAUUUUCUUUCAUC